GGGGCUGUGUAUUGCACUGGUCUGGGUGAGGAUGGCACUGCUGGCACUGGGAGCUGGAUGGUGCCACUGAUCCCACCACUCCGGUGCUGCGCUGAGCCAUCCAUAGACAUACCCACUGAUCGCUCCGUCUAUGAGGACCCCCAUCACAUCCCCGGGACUACAAUACUCAGGGGUCAGAUCAUGUGAUUGUCCACACUGCCCACCAUGGUCCGGGCCGAUGAGGGGGGACAGGUGGACCUGAGUACCAUCCUCUGCUUCCUCCUCCUCACCUACACCACACACGUCUCCGCCCUGGCUGACUUCUCAGGUUAUCUGACAAGGCUGUUGCAGAAUCACACUGUGUCUGCUUGUGACGGUGAACAUCUAACCCUGCAUUGCCCUCGACAUUCUACCAUCAGUGUCCAGUCUGCGUUUUACGGGCAUCACCUGAACGGUUCACCAAAGUGUGCCUCACUGUCACUGGAGACCAUGCCCAAUCCUCAUAAACCCUGCCUUGCUCCAACCGCACUACAAAAAGUCCUGGAUGAAUGCCAGAAUCUGAGGUCCUGCCAGCUGCCUGUGAACAGUCGCGUAUUUGGGCUGGAUCCAUGUCCGGGUACUACCAAAUAUCUUCUGGUGUCUUACAAGUGCAAACCUACUGAAUAUAAAUCCACAUCUGUCUGUGAAAACCGCGAGCUGAAGCUUCAUUGUAAGGAGCCCAAAUUACUCAACAUCUACUCCGCUGUCUAUGGUCAUUUCGCCCAUGAAAAGAACUCGUGUUCCACGGAUAAGGACCAAGGGAUGCCAUACGAUUGUUUGUCAUAUUCUGCAAUGCAAGUCCUAGCACAUCGGUGUUAUGGGAAGCAGAGGUGUCGAAUGCUGGUCAGCGACAAACAUUUUGGAAGUCCUUGUCUACCCGGCGUCAUCAAAUAUCUCACUGUAAAUUAUUCCUGCGUUCCCCAAAUCAUUCUGAAGGAGGUUGACCCAAAGAUUUCUAAUCUAAUACCCCCUUUGAAGCAGAACGAUGGUAAAUAUGAUAUCACACGGCACCCAUCGGAGUCGCAGCUUCCCAACAGAGACGGGCUUCUCCUCAGUAACAUCCUUGCCGCCUAUUCUUACAUCAGAGAUCAUCCGGAGACGGCGGCUUUGCUCUUUGUAUCCAGUGUUUGUGUUGGACUGAUCAUCACUCUGUUUGCUCUGGUGAUCCACAUCUCAUGGAGAAAGGACUGGCGCUCUCCUCGGAAGAUGAACGGACAGGUAGUUCAGGAUCAGUACUCUGAGGAGUCAGAGGAGUACAGCAGCGAAGAGCAAGAAGAGGACGAGUCUUCCAACAAGUCUCGCUUUUCUGAGGAAUUCCGCGAGCUGUGCAAAGUGCCACGCCCACUCUACAGCAGCUCAGAUGCAGCGGAUCUCGCUGAAAGGAUUGAAAGAAGAGAACAAAUUAUCCAAGAGAUCUGGAUGAACAGCGGCCUCGAUCUCCCACCUAACAGACUCACAAUUCCAUUCCUUUAACUAGAAUGUGUCCUUCAGAACCUUUUCACUGAAAGCAUUUGAAGGAAAAACUCUUCUUGCAUCCCACAGCUACCAAUUAGAUUUUCUCUUUCAUUUUCCAGUCCUACGCUAGAAUCUUGAAACACACAAUCUGAUUGGUUGGUGAGCAAUAGUUCAAUCUUGAGGCCUAAAGACGCAGUCUUGGCCAAAGCGCUUUAGAAAGGUCUGUCCCAUCAUAUUUGCAGUAUUGUGUUUUCAGUCCUUAUGUAUGGGGGGCAGUAUAUAAGAGCAUAUGUGUUUUUCAUAACAACCAAUCAGAUGCUUACUUUUGUAUUCUUUUAGUAAAAAACAUAAAAGCUCAUAUCCAGGGCUGGACUGGGACAAAAAUUUGGCCCUGGACUUCAUCCAGACUGGCCCACUUUGACAUGUCUCUC